GCAACGUGCCCUUAUGCCCUGUCCCUCUGACCAUUCAUUGUUCCUUUAGAGUCAUGUUGUCUUUUGAUACUACUCUGUCAGAUCAGGUGCCUUUGGCUAGGGCAGCCUGCUGCAGCCAUACAGAACGAUUGGAGAAAUUAGGCUCCAGCAGUGCUGGUGGGGUGGAAAUGGGGCUGGAUUCAUCACCCUGACCCUCUGUGUACGCUGCCUAUUUGUAUGGACAGGUCUCCUAGGUUUCCCUAGGAGCACCCGCUCUGGAAUCUCUCCAACCAGACGUACGAGUGUGAAAUAUCCUGAACUCUGUGUUAGCCUUGCCAAGUCCCAGGCGAUGUUCACUUAAAGGACAGGGUCGAUGCACGUGGGAUCUAGCUGUCACGCUGAACGUCACUCUGGAGAUUCAUAAACCAGCUCUUUGAGCUCUCCCGUCAGGUGCCUUAUUGCGUUCUUACAUUAUAAGCCAUUGUGGUUACGAGAUAUCCCAGUGAAGGGGCCCUACAAUGGCUGACAUAUCUGUGCUAGCCCCUAUAUGCUCUCCUCUUUGCAGAUGUGCUGGCCCCUUGCACACCCCCGAAAUUCAGGAUUGAGAGCUUCUGAGCUUGAUGCAAACUGAUUAGCCUGAAAACAGUACCGAUUUCUGUUUAAACCCUACGUGGAUUCAAGCCCAGAGAGGCAAACAUUAUGGAAACUGAGGUCUGCGUUCAGAGAGGUUCUUGAUUUCAGCUCCAUUGGGAUUUUGAGAGUGGCCCUGCAAACCCUUCCUAUCCUGAGUGAUCCUUACCCCGCAAAUCAUUCCACCGGAGCCAGUGGAGUCAGUGCCAUUAGUAAGGAUGGCAAGAUCUUAAGGAGAAUUAGAUGUCGCAGAAGUUUGUCUGGUCCAGCCCCGGGCUCUGUUCCCAGCACCUGAGCUCCUUCUAGCUUUACAUGCGCUCAGCUUCUCUUUUCUGCUGGGCACUUGUACAGUAAACCCUGUGAAUCUCACGUAAGCACACGGGUGAGUUCUCUUUUCCUUACAACACCUGAAAGCCUCAACUCCUGAGAAGUGAAUGGUCAGAAUGCCACCCCUGGAAAUGUGCCGCCUCAAGCACAUGCUUGUUUUGCUGGUGCCUAGAGUGAGUCCUGGCAGUCAUCAACCCUUCUUGUCUUGCCUUAUUCACUGUCCCUUUACCCUCUUGCUCCUCCUUACUAACAAUCCCAUAGUGCUGUAGCAGCUUCAAGUCUGGACAUAGUCAUGAACAACUCAUGAUGAAAUGAAAUGUUACUCUUUCUUUCAUACAGAUCUGUCUGUUCAAGGUUUAAUAUGUGGAAAUGAGACUUGUCACUGCCACUGCAUCUCCUGGGCCAAAUUCAGCCCUGACAUAAGGCAGUGCAUUUGUUCCUUAGGAAUUGCACCUCCUUGUUUCAGCACUGAAUUUGAUCCCCGAGUCUCAGGCUUUAUUGGGGAAUGUUGGGGUGGCAUGGAAUUCAGUGACUGAAGCUGAAAUGUCUCCUCUGGGUUUGGCAUGAACCCAGAAAUAUCCAGUGCUGCCAGUGAACAGGUUCAACUACUGGGAAGAAGAAUGGAUGAAGGGACAUGUUGUCUAUUCUUCCCCCUCCUCCCCAACUUUUUACUACCCUCUCUCCCUAAUAUGGCUGUAGGUCUCCUACAUUCUCAAUCCUGAUAGCCCGCCCCCCACUUUCCGCACUUCUGUGACUGAGUUCUUCUCUGGAAAUGCUGAGUAUGAUGGGUAAAACAUUAUAAGAGAACUCACUGAGCAGGUGGGAGUUCUCUUCCCCUCCUCCCCCCACACUCCCAAGUGAGUCGGACACUUGCUCUUGGGUCUGCUAGACAGAAUCUUUAACAGCCACACCAGGUUUCCCCUCCCUAAGCCUCGUGGAACAGCCCUGCUGUGCUGAGGCCUGGCUUACUGCAUAAGGGUAUAUUGAAAAUCUUGGGUCUGAAGAGUUGUUCUCUCCGCUAGUUGUCUCCCUUCUGCCACAAGACGUCACCCUUGGAGUGGAUGGAGGAGGAGGACGAUGACGAUGAGGAGGAUGAAGAUGACAAUGACUUGGACUUGUUUGGCGGUUAUGAUAGCUUCCGGGGUUACAACAGCAGCAUGGGCAGUGACAGCAGCUCCUGCCUGGAUGAGUCUAGUGAUAAUGAUGUGGCAGAUCGUGAAGCCGGGGAGCUGCCCACCUCCCCUCUGCCGCUACAUCCGCCCACUACAGGCCGAUUGAUGGAGGACAGCGGCUCUGAGCCAGCUGUGUGUGAAAUGUGUGGGAUCGUGGGCACAAGGGAAGCUUUCUUUUCGAAGACCAAACGCUUCUGCAGCGUCUCCUGCUCCAGGAGCUACUCCUCAAACUCCAAGAAAGCCAGCAUCCUGGCAAGGCUGCAGGGCAAACCACCUACGAAGAAGGCUAAAGUCCUGCACAAGGCAGCAUGGUCUGCCAAAAUUGGGGCAUUCCUCCAUUCCCAGGGGACAGGGCAACUGGCAGAUGGAACGCUGACAGGACAAGAUGCCCUUGUCCUGGGCUUUGACUGGGGAAAGUACCUGCAGGACCAUGGUUACAAGGCUGCCCCUGUCAGCUGCUUCAAACACGUGCAGCUGUUUGAGCAGUGGGAGGAUGUGAUGAAAGGGAUGAAAGUGGAAGUGUUGAAUAGUGAUGCUGUGCUCCCCAGUCGGGUGUACUGGAUCGCUUCUGUUAUCCAGAUCGCAGGAUACAGGGCGCUGUUGCGCUACGAAGGCUUUGAGAAUGACUCCAGCCAUGACUUCUGGUGCAACCUGGGCACAGUGGACAUUCACCCCAUUGGCUGGUGUGCCAUCAACAGCAAAAUCCUGGUACCCCCACAGACCAUCCACGCCAAGUACACAGACUGGAGGGGGUACCUCAUGAAAAGGCUGGUGGGAGCAAGGACCAUCCCUGUAGAUUUCCACAUCAAGAUGGCGGAGAACAUGAAGUACCCAUUCCGUCAGGGCAUGCGAGUGGAAGUAGUGGACAAGACCCACGUGUCUCGGACACGCAUGGCGGUGGUGGACACGGUGAUUGGUGGCCGGCUGAGGCUCCUUUAUGAGGAUGGGGAUAGCGAUGAUGACUUCUGGUGCCAUAUGUGGAGCACUCUGAUCCACCCAGUGGGCUGGUCACGUAGGGUGGGCCACAACAUGAAGAAGACAGAAGAAAAGCGCAGUGACAUGGCAAACCAUCCUACCUUCCGGAAGAUCUACUGUGACGCCGUCCCCUACCUCUUCAAGAAGGUGCGGGCUGUUUACGCUGAGGGUGGCUGGUUCGAGGAAGGCAUGAAAUUGGAAGCUAUUGACCCCCUGAAUCUGGGCAACAUCUGCGUGGCUACUGUGUGCAAGGUCCUGCUGGAUGGUUAUCUCAUGAUCGGCAUUGAUGGGGCAGCAUCUGCAGAUGGCUCUGAUUGGUUCUGUUACCAUGCCUCCUCACAUGCCAUCUUUCCUGUCAACUUCUGCCAGAAGAACAACAUCGACCUGACCCCUCCAAAAGGGUAUGAUGCAAAGAAUUUCAAUUGGACAAGUUACCUGGAAAAGACCAAAUCAAAAGCUGUGCCAGUGCGGCUCUUCAACAUGGACUGCCCAAACCAUGGUUUCAAGGCUGGCAUGAAGCUGGAAGCAGUGGAUUUGAUGGAGCCCCGACUUAUCUGCGUGGCCACCGUAAAGCGUGUGGUCCACCGCCUCCUCAGCAUCCACUUUGAUGGCUGGGACAGCGAGUAUGACCAGUGGGUGGACUGUGAGUCACCAGAUAUCUAUGCUGUAGGUUGGUGUGAGCUGACGGGCUACCAGCUGCAGCCACCAGUGGCCCCAGAGCCCAUGUCGCCAGUGAAAGUCAAGGAGGUGCCGAAGAAGAAGAAGAAACCCUAUGGAAAGAAAAGGAAAAAGAUGUCUGCCAAAACCCGGUCCCUCAGGCAGGCAGCCAAGAAACCAGCUGUCCCAAAAGCAAAGCGCGAAGCAAAAGCUGCAAACAAGGCCUUACUGGAGCCAGCACCUGAUGAGAUUAUCACUGUGCAAGUGAAAGAGGAAACUGUCGACCCGUCAGCAGUUGAAUUCGGAGCCCCAGAACUUCCCAUUCUGAUAAGCAGCAUAAAGCAGGAGGUAGAGGACUAAUCCCUGAUCCCUCAGGUGGGAUCUCCUGGCCCUGAGCAAGGAUGUGCACUGCACUCUGGGGAAGCCCCGAGUAAAGCUGUGCAGGACACAAGAAGGGGCAUCGUUGCUUUGGGCUGGGCACUCCCAAAAUGUGUCAGAACUCCCUUUUAUCAUUGCAAAAGAACAAUCCGCAGUGCCUGCAAGCUCCAUUUUGGGGUUGUUGUUUUUUUAAACCCCAGGUCACAGCUUCCAGAAAAGGCACCAACCUCUGAAAGCAAUACAGCUCAUACUUAGCUGAAGGGCUGGAGUCUGAGGGUGGAUUUCUGAGUCUGGGAAAUCCUAUUAGCCCACAGACAUGACUCUUUCUGAGCUCUGUAGGAAGCUGCUGCUGCAUUGUGGAGACUGCUAGCAUUUCAGGCUGGUGUCUGGAGCCUGCAAACUGUGAUCUGAGAAGCAUCAAAGUUGCAGAAUCACAACCACAGUGUGCGGUCUCAAGGGGAGCAAGUAAGUCAGGAACGUGGCUUCUGUCGCUAGGGUAACAACGAUGAUGUGCUGCUCAUCCCUCUCUCGCUCAUCCUUUCUGUGACAUGGACAUGGAAUCAGAGGGCUCUAGAGAGCAGCUGGGAAAUGGAGGAGAUAGAAAACAAGUUACAGGAGGGACUCUCUCUUGGUUUUACUCAUAAAUUAAGUUUUUCACCUGCUGUGAGAUGAGCUAAAUCUUAUCCAGCCAGAAGAAGACAGCAGGGUAUUUAUGUUGGCUUUUCCCCACUUCAAGACACACAAUACUGCUGGAUGAUUAUUAUUAUUAUAUUUCUACAAUCCCAGAGUAAAUUCCACCAAUCAAUUGUGCCAUAGUGAUUUGUAAAUAAAAUGUAAUAGAAAGUCAAAAACUUGCCUGUUGGUUUCGGGAACAGCAAAAUGCCUGCAUCGAUCAAGAGGUGAGAGGGGAAGUCUGAACAUGAAAGCAAUAAGGAGGGUGUGGGUGUGGUGGUCGUAUC